AUGGAAACGCAUUUCCCUGCCUUUCCCUUUCUACCUGGAUUGAAUAAUCCUAUACCUUCCAACCUGAAGUCAGAAGCUAAAAAGGCAGCUAAAAUAUUAAGAGAAUUUACAGAAAUAACUUCCAGGAAUGGACCUGAUAAAAUCAUACCUCCCCACGUGAUAGCUAAAGCCAAAGGCCUUGCAGUUUUGUCUGUUAUCAAAGCUGGAUUUUUGGUGACGGCUCGAGGAGGAAGUGGGAUUGUACUAGCCCGUCUUCCAAAUGGAACCUGGUCUGCUCCUUCUGCGAUAGGAAUUGCUGGCCUUGGUGGUGGAUUUGAAAUCGGAAUUGAGGUUUCAGACUUAGUAAUAAUAUUGAAUCAUGAGAGAGCAGUAGAAGCUUUUGCCAAAGGAGGCAAUCUUACCCUUGGAGGAAAUCUUACUGUGGCAAUUGGACCUCUGGGGAGAAACUUAGAAGGGGAUGUUUCUCUGAGAAGCUCCGCUGCUGUCUAUACGUACUGCAAAUCUCGAGGGCUGUUUGCAGGAGUGUCUCUGGAAGGAACUUGUUUAAUUGAAAGGAAAGAAACUAAUCGCAAGUUUUAUGGACAGGAUAUUCGUGCUAGUUCAAUCUUAUUUGGUGAUGUGCCUUUUCCUCCUCAAGCAGAUGAUCUUUAUGAAACGCUGGCAUCCUUUACUGAAGUAUAUGAAAACGAAGAGCAAAGAGGAAAAGCUGUAAAUGAUCCCCCUGCUAGACCAUCGUCGAGACCAGAGCCACAUAAACCCUCUGUUAGGCCAACACCACCAGCCAAAAAGAAUUCAAACAAGCUUUAUCCUGAGCUUCCCAAUGAUUAUGGCUCUGUGGGUAAUUCUUGGAACAGUCCAGUGGAAGUGACAGCACUUUAUUCAUUCGAAGGACAGCAACCAGGUGACUUGUCUUUCAAAGCUGGAGACAAAAUCACAGUCACAACCAAAACAAAUUCCCAGUUUGAUUGGUGGGAAGGAACAAUAGGAGGUCAAACUGGCAUCUUUCCAGCCAAUUAUGUUGCCAUAAGUAAUGACUAAAUUUGUAUAGAAUAAAAUGUUGAAGCAAUAAUAUACACAAAAAUAUAUUUUAGCUUUUCAUACACAGAAAUAUAUUUUAGCUUUUCAGAUUUAUCAAAAUGAGAUUCCUGAUCAAGACUAUUCCACCACAAAACUGAAAUACGUUAACAGACAUUCACUUUACUCUAAAUUUCUUUCUUAAAUAAACAUUAGAUAUGUGAUAAUUUAUGAUGAAGAUUUAUUUAUGAAUAGGUUGCCCAAAAAUAAUAUUCCAAUUUGUGUCUACUUUCAGCUCUCUCCUGGUAUAUUUAUUUGGAGGAAAAAAUAUAAGCAAUUUAAAAU